CGCAGACACCGCGCCGGAAGUGCGGCCUGUCGGCUCCUGGGGCAGCCAUGGGGGGCUGCAGCUCGCUGGAACCAUGUGUGGGUCGGCACCGAGACUGGGAUCCUGAAAGGGGUGAACCUUCAGCGCAAACAGGCGGCGAACUUCACGUCGGCGGGACAGCCGCGGCGCGAGGAGGCCGUGAGCGCGCUGUGCUGGGGCGCGGGUGGCGAGGUCCAGAUCCUGGUGGGCUGCGUGGAUAGGACGGUGAAGCAUUUCAGCACCGAGGAGGGGGCAUUCCAGGGUCAGAGGCAUUGCCCCGGCGGGGAGGGCACGUUCCGCGGCCUCGCCCAGGUCGACGGCACUCUCAUCACAUGUGUGGAUUCUGGGGUCCUCAGAGUCUGGCGAGAUAAUGACAAAGACGCAUCUUCUGAUCCACUUCUGGAACUCAGUGUGGGCCCUGGAGUGUGCAGGAUGUGCCAGGACCCAGCACACCCCCAUGUGGUUGCCACAGGUGGGAAGGAGAAUGCAUUGAAGGUGUGGGACCUGCAGGGGUCUGAGGAACCUGUUUUCAGGGCCAAGAAUGUGCGGAAUGACUGGCUCGACCUGCGGGUUCCCAUCUGGGACCAGGACAUCCAGUUCCUUCCCGGGUCACAGAAGCUCGUCACAUGCACAGGGUACCAUCAGGUCCGUAUCUACGAUCCAGCCUCCCCUCAGCGCCGGCCAGUUCUAGAGACCACCUAUGGAGAGUACCCUUUGACAGCUAUGACCCUCACUCCUGGAGGCAAUUCAGUGAUCGUGGGGAACACUCAUGGGCAGCUGGCAGAAAUUGACCUUCGGCAAGGGCGCCUACUGGGCUGUCUGAAGGGACUGGCAGGCAGUGUCCGUGGGUUGCAGUGCCACCCUUCAAAGCCCCUACUAGCCUCCUGCGGCUUAGACAGGGUCCUAAGGAUACACAGGAUCCGGGAUCCACGGGGCCUGGAGCAUAAGGUUUACCUCAAGUCACGACUGAACUGCCUUCUCCUGUCAGGCAGAGAAAAUUGGGAGGAUGAGCCCCGGGAGCCUGAAGAACCCUACCAGGUGUCCCCAGAAGACACAGAGACAGACGAACUUUGGGCAUCCUUGGAGGCAGCUGCCAAGAGGAAGCUUCCUGAUUUGGAGCAGAAGCAAGGGGCUCUCCAAACCAGGAGAAAAAAGAAAAGGCCUCCAUCCACCAGCCCCUGAAGACCCCUUGCCUACUUUGUAAAUAAACAGCUCAGCACCCACCAUGA